AUGGUGACAAGAAGGAUUCAAGAGAACAGGAGCAAUAGUGAUAGAUGGGCAAUUACAAUAUGCCCCAACAUUCUCAGGAAGCAGCAGGACUCGACAUCGCAUAAUCCUUCUCACAAUAGUAGUGCACCAUUGGCCAUUGAAACAGCACCAUCUAAAGGAAAAGGUCAAGCUGCAUCUCUGAGCACAAAGUCAACUAAAAGAAAGGCAAUUGAGGGCUACGGAUUGUAUUAUAGUGAAAGAACUGGUUCAUCAUUUAUUCAGACCGAUCAAAAGAGAAGAGUAGUGCCCUUUGGGAAGUCGAAGUCUGAAGCUAAAGCCACUGCUGAUGGGAAUGCCUUUGUUGUCAGAGACAAGUGCAGGUGGUGCCACCUCGUCUGCAAGAGCAACCAUCAAUGUUACAAGCGGGCGUGCAACUGCAAAGAUUAA